AUGCAGCUGGAGCCCAGCCUACCUAAGAGCAAACUACAGCUGCUCGGAGUGGCAGCUCUGUUCAUUGCAGCCAAGUACGAGGAGAUCUACCCACCAACCUUAACUGAACUGGUCUAUCUCACAGACAGCACGUACACAAAGGCCGAAGUGCUUACAAAAGAAAUCGACAUCCUCAAAAAACUCGACUACCAAUUCAACCGGCCACACGGUAUCACCUUUCUCCGGCGAUACUCGACAAUUAUGGGAACAACCACGAGAAUCCACAACCUGGCAAAGUACAUCCUGGAGCUCUCAUUGCUUGACCACUCCUGCUCCUCUCUAUUGCCAUCAAAGAAAGCAGCUGCAGCACUUUUUCUAUCAAGACACAUCAUGACCCCCUACACCUCACCACUCUCUAUCUGGGAUGAGGCUAUGGCAUACAACACAAAGUACAGGAUAGCUGAUUUUCAGAGUGAGAAGUUAAAGCUAAAGAGAUCACUGAGAGAAGGCCACAGCAAUCCAAAGAUAAAAACUGUUAGGGAGAAGUUCACUAGCAGUGUUCUUGCAAGUGCAACAACACGAAUGGCUCUGAAUCGAAUCUAA